GGUGGAGGUGUUCUUCAGGCAGGACUGGAGGAGAGUUCUGCAGGACUCCUGGAGUGAGUCUGAGGCCUCUGUGGUCUGCAGACAGCUGGGCUGUGGUUCUGUACUCAACAUCUCCAGCUCCUCUUCAUCCAGUCCUGAACACAGCUACAUGUGUGUGACGGGUUUCAACUGCUCUGGGAGUGAAGCUCAUCUGAGGAACUGCAGCAGCUCACAAGCAGUUAACUGCAGCUCCACAGUACAGCUCUACAUCACCUGCUCUGGUACAUCUAACACAGUCCACAGCUUCAUCAGGCUGGUUGGUUCUGGGGGAGACUGUGCAGUAAGGCUGGAGGUUUUCCACAGUGGAUCAUGGGGGACAGUGAGUGAUGAAUUGUGGGAUAUUGAGGAUGCGCAGGUGGUCUGCAGACAGCUGCAGUGUGGAGUGGCCCUCAGUGCUCCAGUACCGGUACCAGCCCGGUUUGGAUCUGGAACUGGACCCAUUUGGCUGAAUGAGGUGGAGUGUGAGGGGAACGAGGUGUCUCUGUGGAACUGCAGAUAUCAGCUGUGUGGAGAGGAUGAAUGUGGACACAAGGAUGAUGUAGGAGUCGUGUGCUCAGAGUAUAAAGAGAUCAGACUGACUGAGGGCUGUGAGGGGAAUCUGGAGGUGUUAUAUAAUGGAACCUGGGGGAAUGUGUGUGUAAAUGGGAUGACUGAUGAAACGGCAAAAUUGAUCUGUCGAGAGCUGAACUGUGGAAGAACUGGCAGUGAGUCUUGGUCUAAAGCAAGAGUGGAAUCAGCUCCUAACUGGCUGGAUAAUGUAAAAUGUAGGAAACAUGACUCCACUCUGUGGCACUGUCCAUCUUCUUCCUGGGGGGAGAACAGGUGUGAUAAUCGCAAUGAGGUUGCUUGCAUUACCAGCUCAGAGAAUGGAAAUACACUAGAUUUGACAAAUUGGCUGUGUGAUUCAUCUCCUCAUGAGAGACCGUGCUCAAAGCACAUUCCUCUGAGGCUGAGGGGAGGAGUAGGAAGCUGUUCUGGAUGGCUGCAGGUGUAUCAUAAUAAAACAUGGGGGUCUGUAUGUGGUGAUCUCUGGGACAUCAGGGAUGCUCAGGUGAUCUGCAGGCAGCUGGGUUGUGGGCCGGCGCUGAGUGCUAAUAGAAGAGCUGCUGAUGGUUCUGGUGGAGGAACUAUCUGGAUGAACAGAGUGAAGUGUAGAGGGAAUGAGAUUCACCUGUGGGACUGUCCUCAUUCCCUGAAGAACCACACUGACUGCUCCCACAGUGCUGGAGUCACUUGUGGAGGCUUCCUGUAUCAUACUUUGCCUUUAAAUAAUAAAAGAGGACAGAUGGGACAUUUUGUCUUGCAAGAUUCUCAACCACAGACAAGAAGAAUCAUACUUCCACAAACUCCUCCACCAGCUGUUCCCUCCAUCUAUCCAGUGUCUCUCCUGGUUCUGGGAUCUGUGCUCUUCCUGGCCUUAGUGCUUCUGGUUGUGCUGUUUUAUCAGAACAGAGUGCUCAGGAGAGUGAUCUCUAAGAGGAGGAAGACUUCAGCUGAGCCUGUCUAUGAGGAGAUUGACACCAGGCUCAUCCCUAAAAGAAUUACUGUCUCAACUGAAAGUAAAGCAGAUAAUGAGGAAAUGCAGUUAAGUUAUGAUGUCAUUUUUGCUGGACAAACAUCUGACUGUGCAGCAGAGGAAGAACCAGAUAAUUACGAUGAUGUUAUUGUGGAACAAAACUCAAACAUUGUGAUGGGGUGGUGAGCUUCCUGAGGGCUUUGAGGAUAGUUAUCCUGGUGCGUGUCUUUCGUCUGGCCUCUCAGAAGAAAGAUCUGGAGAAGGUCACUAGAAGAAAGGUAUCUGAGAACAAAAGGCGGUAACAAAAAGGAUGGAUUUGAUUUGGAUCUCACCUAUGUCACAGCCAACCCACUCGUUAGGACUCCCCCUAUCACUAGUAAUGCCCCAACACACCAGGAGGAUGAAGACUAGCACACUCUUUCUCCGAUACAUGUGACGUCAGCCACCGCUUCUUUUCGAGCUGCUGCUGAUGCAGCAUUGCCAAGCAGCACAUUUGGAGGAAAGCGCAGCGGCAGGUGAACCCAAGGAACCUGAGGAAAGUGGUGGGAAAUCUCGAGCCAGGUCAGACCUUGGGUUGGGUUUGGGCAGAGAACCUAAGCUCUUAUUCACAUAUUGAACUUUGUGUUAUUGUGUUCUCAGUGACAUGUUGAACUACACUGCCAGUUUGAGGGAAUGUCAUUGCCAUCCACUGCAAAGGAGGCAAAGGGCGCACGGGUACGAUGGUGUGUACAUGGUUGAUUGACAGCGUUUAGUUUGAGAGUGCGCAGGUGUGGGAAAGGGCAAUGGCAGUGAUCUGAAGGUGCGGAUCAUAGUGAAAAGAGAGCAGGUGUUCCAGUGUGUCUGUGCCACGCAGACGAACUGUAGGCUGUUCCCAGAUACUGAAAACAAUGCCGUGGUGAUCAGCUUUCAGGAAGGGCCAGUGGUUUGUGGUGAUGUUAAGGUCAUGUUUGAAUCCAGGGCUGGUCUUCCAAAGGGGUAUGAGGACUAUCCUUUCUAUUUCUGGUUCAACACUUCAUUUGUAGAGAACAACAGGCUCUAUCUGUCAAGGGAGGAACUGGACAACCCACGUAAGUCCAAAACCUGGGACAUCUACAAGGAGGACUUUGCUGUGACCGUGUCUUUCAGUGACCCUGCAUUUAUGUAGCAGACGACACUUGCUUGUGUAUCUCAACUAAAACCCUUAAGCCCUGCACAAGGUCUAAAUCUUUGCUCUAAUGUAGGUUUUCACACACUUAUAAAAGGCGAGUGAUGUUUAGGGAUUGGAUUCGGGCAUAUUGUGCCCCUAAAGCUAUAGCUAUAGCUAUAUAACCUCAACUUUAUGUCCAUCCCCCAUCUUCACUGUAAGAGCUUUUUACUGAGCCGUGCAUACACCACAAUAUUAUGCAUUUGUUUGUCAAAUGUUUUUUUGUCUUUAAAUGAAGACAAAUGUUUGUGUCAGUUUAGCAUAUUAAGCCUCCAAAAUGUAAAUCUUACUCUUUAAGCUUGAGUGUACAUCAAAUAAAGCAAUCGAGGCUGCCACUGUGAAAUGGUCAAUGGUUAUGUGUGCAGAAACAUGUUUUUGUAGUACACAUGUAUUGAAAUAAAUACUAAUGUCUCUGUAA